UAUUUCGUCUCGCUUUUCCCGUUGGCCGAACAGGUUCGAUCCAAAGAAACAGAGGGGUGCAGAAGCGAGCCCUCGCCUCGUCGGAGCGGAGAUGCUGCCGUCGGCGUCGGCGACAGGGUACACCGCCGGCGACGUCUACUCGGCGCGCGAGAUGUUCCAUCCCUUCCACAUCUGAUUUCUUGCGGCGGCAGAGCGCAGGAACUGGUUGGAUUGGAUCGAGCUGCUGUAGGUGGGCGGGCGUUUGGGUCUGGGAGCCGAAUCCGGAGAGGCGGAGAGGGAUGAGCUUUAGCUCCGUGAGAGCUGCAGGGCAUGGAGGCGAAGUGGAGGAGGCGCGGGCCAUGCCGGCGGAGGUGAGCUGGGAGAUGCUCGACAAGUCGCGCUUUUUCGUACUCGGCGCCGCGCUCUUCUCCGGCGUCUCCGCGGCGCUCUACCCGGCCGUCGUCCUCAAGACGCGCCUCCAGGUCGCGCCGCCGCCGCAGGCCGCGGCCGCAGCCGCCGCGGCGGCUAUACUCCGGCGCGACGGGCCCCGGGGGUUCUACCGCGGCUUCGGCGUGUCCCUCGCAGGCACGGUACCCGCCCGCGCGGUCUACAUGGCGGCGCUCGAGACCACCAAGAGCGCCGUGGGCUCCGCCGCGCUCCGCCUCGGCGUCGCGGAACCGGCGGCCAACGCGGCGGCCUCGGCCGCGGGCGGCGUCUCCGCCGCCGUCGCGGCACAGGUCGUCUGGACGCCCGUCGACGUCGUCAGCCAGCGCCUCAUGGUUCAGACUGCUCCAGCCGCCGCCGCCCACUACCGCGGUGGCGCCGACGCGUUCCGGAAGAUCCUGCUCGCGGACGGCGUGCGCGGCCUGUACCGCGGCUUCGGCGUCUCGGUGCUCACCUACGCGCCCUCCAGCGCCGCGUGGUGGGCCUCCUACGCGACGGCGCAGCGGCUCCUCUGGCGCGCGGUCGACCCCGCGCACCACGACAGCCGCGGGGCCGCGAUGGCCGUGCAGGGCGCGAGCGCCGCCGCGGCGGGGGGCGCGGCCGCGCUGGUGACCAUGCCGCUGGACACCGUGAAGACGCGCCUGCAGGUGAUGGGCGCCGGGGCCCGAGCGCCGACGCUCGCGGCCGCGGCGCGCGACCUAGUGCGCGUGGGAGGGUGGGCCGCGUGCUACCGCGGGCUCGGGCCGAGGUGGGCAUCCAUGUCGCUGUCAUCAGCCACCAUGGUCACCGCCUACGAGUUCUUGAAGCGGCUCUCGGCCAAGGAAGGCUCCCUCUGAGCUCCGGUCUCCAUCAUGGCAGCGAACGGAUGAUCCUUGUACAUGUCCAAACGCGUUCCCUGCGCCGACGGCGAUGAUGAUGAAAAAUUUUGUAAAAUAAAGAAUUGAUUAGACUUUCCUGAAAUGUUGUCGUGGAUCUCAUUCCUCUCAA